UGCAAAGAGUUUGAUACCCGACUUAAAUAACGAUGACGAAUUUAGCUUUAGAAUGAGAUGUCUCGUGACGGAACCAAAGCGGAGCCCCGGGUGAUCAUUUUUCUUUGUUUCAUCUCAAAUCUCGGUUGACUUGUAUGCAAAGUACGAGGGCGUAUUUGGGGCCACACAAAGAAAGAAAAAAAUGUAAUAUUCAGACUUAUAAUAAUGUAAUUGUAAGAGAAAUGAUGUUUGUUUUUUUUCUUCAAUAUGAAAGAUUUAUUUUUGGAAUCAUGGGUGUGAACAGAGCUGAUAUUUUUGAUAGGGCGUAAAUCUUCAAGCCAUUCAUUAGUGGCAAAAAAUGACAUCUCCUACAGAUUAGUUUGUGUAUAUCACGGUGGCUUGUAUUUACUGGACAAAAAAUGAGUGCAAUUGGAGGUGAAUGUGUUCAAAAGAAAGAAUAAAACUUUUUUUGUAAUCAAUUUCAACAGUAUUUUUGUGUGGAUUGAUUGACUUCAAUUUUUUAUUAUUUGCAUUUUCACCCACAUUGGGGAAAUGAUAGGCUUUAAGUUUUCAGGUGUUUUGGAACUUAUUGUUUGUCAUUGGCGAGGAAACGAGUCCGAUUCAUUUAAACUGGGAGGAUUGACUGAAUGCUCAUCUGUCACUGCUAUUGACGACGCUAGCCGUCCAAUCCAUCUUCGCCCCUCCCAGUCAAAAUGGAUUGGACGUCUAGCACCGUCAAUGGCAGCCAAUGAUUUUUUUUUUUUUUUUUUUACAUGAAAGUAAGAAAUGUUUUAAAAUUUCUAUCUUUCCAUUCCAACAAUAAUUUACAGGAAAAAUAAGGCAUAUUUUAUAGAUGGUUUGAAUUGCCAUUAAUUACGAUUAAUUCAUUUUUAAGCUGUGAUUAACCGCUCACUCUAAGUUUGGCCACAACUGCCUCCCGUAAUCCCACACGCUGAUGUUUACAUUCUCCGCGCGGCAAUGCAGGACAAAAUGCAGCCACCCACGAUGAGUGAGGAUGAUGACCCAGGACUGCUUCAUGGCAAAUUCCGUUUUAAAAAGCUGCCUAAGGGAAAUCUGGAUAAAACCAAAGUUGUGUGCACAUACUGCUGUAAUGAACUGUCCUUUGAUCGAAGCUCAACCAGCCUAAAGUACCACCUUCGGGAAAAGCAUAUCUUCGCUAGUGUUAGCAAUGACGCUAACACCGCAAACACAAGCCGCAGUCAUCUAGCUACACUGGCAGAAUUCUAAAUAGAUUUCUAAAGAAUGGAAAAAAGAUAUGAACUUUUUUAUUUUCCUGCUGAAAGAAGAGUCUAAUACAACAAUAGAAGAGAAUUUUCUGUGGGCCUUGCAAAAUCAGUCAAAAUCCAGUAAAACAGCCGGGAGCGAAGGGGGUAACACCAGUGAAAAUGGCUGGGAGUGAAUGAGUUAAUACCCUUGAUAAAGGACACUUGCUCGGUUAAGAGGUCAAGGGCCACUGCUCGAGCACCACCUGGUGUCUAUGUGUGCACGCCAGUGGUAGCAGGGAUUGCCUGUGUUGGGGUGUGUGUGCGUGCUUGUGUGUGUUUAGAGGGCGUGGGGUUACCUCCCCCAAGGCCCGAGGCAUACACCUCCAGCAUUGAUCAUUUUCGGGUUGGAAGUUUAAGUGGUAACAUGAGCGUAGGAGAUUUGAGCAUCAGACAAGCCGAUUUGCUAAUGCAGUUUCGGGACAGAAUCCGAGACGUCCUUCCUGAACUUCCCGCUGGACACGACCGCUACCUGCUCCGCUGGCUCCGAGCCCGCAACUUCAACAUUCCCAAAGCUGAAGCGAUGAUUAGGAAGCACGUGGACUUCAGGAAGGACAUGAAAGUGGACAGUCUGAUCGAGGACUGGAUGCCUCCGGAGGUGAUCGCGCGCUACCUCUCGGGGGGCAUGUGCGGCCACGACAAGGAGGGCAGUCCCAUCUGGUACGACCUGGUGGGCCCGCUGGACCCCAAAGGCCUUCUGAUGUCGGCUAGCAAGCAGGACUUGAUGAGGACUAAGAUCAGGAACAUCGAGAUGCUGCAGAGGGAAUGUCGAGAGCAGUCCCGCAAGUUGGGAAUCAACGUGGAGUCCAUCACGCUGAUCUACGACUGCGAGGGCCUGGGCUUCAAGCACAUGUGGAAGCCUGCCAUCGAGACUUACGGCGAGGUUUGUCCUUUGUCGGUCGUCUCCUUUGACCCGUCUGACGGACGUGCCGGCUUGUCGCAGAUCCUCACCAUGUUCGAGGACAACUACCCAGAAGCGCUCAAGAGGGUUUUUCUCAUAAAAGCUCCCAAACUCUUUCCCGUCGCCUACAACUUGAUCAAGCACUUCCUGUGCGAAGAGACGCGAAGCAAGCUGAUCGUCCUAGGGGGUAACUGGCAAGAAGUCCUUCGUCAACACGUGGACGCUUCGCAGCUUCCGGGGGUAUACGGUGGAACGCGGACCGACCCGGACGGUGACCCUCGCUGCAGAACCAUGAUCAACUACGGUGGCACGGUGCCCCGGUCUUUCUACGUCCAGAAUUCCAUCAAGGUCCAGUACGACGCGGUGGCGACCGUCGGCCGUGGCAGCGUCAUGCGGCUGGAGUAUCGUGUGGUCGCCCCCCGCAGCCUAUUGAGGUGGCAGUUCGCCAGCGAAGGGUCCGACAUCGGCUUCGGCGUGUACAGGCGUGUGGAGGGGGAGACGGACGACGUGUCACCAGUGCUUCCCAGUCAGCGCUACAACGCCCACCUGGUGCCAGAAGACAACGCCAUCACCUGUCCGGAACCUGGAGUGUGUGAGUGUGGCGUGCAAAUGCAAACAAAUCAACACAAACGCACAGUCUCUUUAUUUGGAAUGUCCUCAUUUCAUGAACCAUAUUCAUAUAUUUGGGGGGAAAAAACUUGACGCAACAUAAAAUUAUUGGUUAUACUGUAUACAAGGAAGUGUACUCUAUACCAGGGGUUCCCAACCUAUUCCACUAAGGCACACUGUGGGUGCAGGAUUUCAUUCUUACCAAACAAGAUGACAACACUUUUUCCCCAAUCUGGUGUUUUACAAGUGCAAUCAGUUGAUUGCAGUCAGGUGUGGCUUGUUUUAGCAGAAGCCUCAUUGGUUCAACUGUCUCUGCUGGAUCGGCUGGAACAAAAACCAGGACCCACAGUGUGCCUUGAGGACUGGGUUGAAAACCCCUGCUCUAUACCACUGUUUUUCAACCUUUUCUGGGUCACGGCAAAUUGGAAAAACUGUCGUGGCACUUUCUGUACAGUAUAUUUAACUGGAAACUGCAAUUUCUGAAGAAAUUACUAUGGGGCUUUGCUGUGUGGAGAUACAGAUCUUAGCCCUGCCCAGGUUGGUUUGGGGACAUUUCGGGGACAAUAUCAGGUGACUUCCUGUUGAUUUGGCAACAUUUGGUGGUCGUGGUGUUAUAACCAGGCGUCCUGGUUAUAACAGGUCACUUCCUGUUGAUUUGGCAACAUUUCGGGGACAUGUCCAGGUCAUUUGGGGGACAUGUUCUGGUCAUAUCAGGUCCUUUGGGGACAUGUUCCGGUCAUAUCAGGUCAUUUGGGGACAGUUGUGGGACACGUCCUGGUCAUAUCAGGUCAUUUGAGGGACAUGUGCGUCUCAUAUCAGGUCAUUUGGCGGCAUUUGGGGGACAUGUCCUGGUCAUAUCAGGUCAUUUGGGGACAGUUGGGGGACAUGUCCUGAUCAUAUCAGGUCCUUUGGGGGACAUUCCCUGGUCAUAUCAGGUCAUUUGGGGGACGUGCUGGUCAUACUUUGGGGACAUAUGGGGACGUCCUGGUCAUAUCAGGACAUUUGGGGGACAUGUCCUGGUCAUGUCAGGUCAUUUUGGGACAGUUGGGGGACAUGUCCUGAUCCUAUCAGGUCAUUUGGGGGGCAUGUCCUGGUCAUAUCAGGUCAUUUGGGGGACAUGUGCUGGUCAUAUCCGGUCAUUUGGGGACAUAUGGGGGACAUGUCUUGGUCAUAUCAGGUCAUUUGGGUACAUUUGGGGGACAUGUACUGGUCAUAUCAGGUCACUUGGGGACAUUUGGGGGACAUGUGCUGGUCCUAUCCGGUCAUUUGGGGACUUUUAGGGGACAUGUCCUGGUCAUACCAGGUCAUUUGGGGGACAUGUCCUGGUCAUAUCAAGUCAUUUGGGGGACAUGUCCUGGUCAUAUCAAGUCAUUUGGGGACAUUUGGGCCACAUGUCCUGGUCAUAUCAGGUCAUAUUUUGGGUACAUUUGGGGAACAUGUACUGGUCAUAUCAGGUCAUUUAGGGACACUUGGGGGACAUGUGCUGGUCCUAUCCGGUCAUUUAGGGACUUUUGGGGGACAUGUCCUGGUCAUAUCAGGUCAUUUGGGGACAUUUAAUAAUUUAUGAGUAUUUGUACUUACUCAGUGUGAAACUUGACCCUGUUUAGAUGAAUACAAAGCCGAUAUCCUGGCAGGAAUCUUCUUCAACAGCUCUGUCUCUCUGUUUUUAUUUUUGUAAUAGCAGUUUGGCUUGAAAAGCUCCAAAUUAUCGGACACGGGGAUUUUAGCAAUGUCGCCGAGCAUCUCGCUGAAAAUCCCUUUGCAUGCAGGCAGUAUUAAUGUCCCCGCCACAGUGUGGGACUUUUUCGAUUAGCUACAAGUUCAGCAACAAGGUAACCGGUUUUGAGGGCUUUCUCAUUUACCUUUGUAGUUUUUCUAAAAAUGACCUGUUUCUGUGUUUUCAUUAAGGUGAACAAAAUAGUCCAUAGCCCUGAGGCUGUUAAAGACAUUGCUUAAGUCCUUCUGUCUGAUAAUUCUGAGCUUUUCAAGCCUAACUGCUAUAAAAAUGAAAACAGAGACUGAGAGAAUAGCUUUGUGUGUGAAUUUCUUCAGUUCCUGCCAGGGUAUCGGCUUUGUGUUCAUCUAAACAAGCUCAGUUGUUUCACACAAACGAAGUAUAAAGAUGAAGAAAUUAUUUUACAAUUAAAUAUACUGUACAGAAAGUAAUUUUAAAACAUUUUUGGUUUGUGACGUGCCGCGAGAUUUUUUCCAAUGUAAAGACGUGCCGUGACUCAGAAAAGGUUGAAAAACGCCGAUUCAUUUACUUCAAUCAGUUAGGAGACAUCCAAUCUAUUUGAAGUGGGAGGUGUGGCGACAUUUGCCCUCCCACUUGAAACGGCUCGGUUAUGUACCAAUGACAAACGUCGAUCUUAUACGGUAGUUACAUCAAUUAAAUAAAUGGUAUUAUCUGUCUUUUGGCGCAGACGUCUU